AUGGUAAUAGAAAGUCAUUGCGAUGAAAAUGUUACCAUUCAUCAGUUUGCCAAACAUUUUGAUUUCUUGUUGACAGAAUUUAACAAAAGGUUCGAAGAAUUUUCUGAACUAGAGACAUUUUUGAUGUUUUUCAUUAAUCCUUACUCUCAUAGAAAUGAAGAUCUGAGUGAAAAGAUUUCAACAGAUUUCAGUAUUUCUAAUAAGGAGGAUUUGGAAUUGGAAAUUAUAAAUAUCACCAACGACAUCCAAGUGAAAUCAUACUGUAACGAAGAGAAUUUUUGGAAUUUAGUGGAUAUAAAUAUUUAUCCUUUGUUGAGAAAAUGUGCCCUGAAGUUAAAUUCCCUCUGUGCCUCGACAUACGCCUGUGAAUCUUUAUUUUCAAAUAUGAAAUACUUAAAAUCAAGGUACCGAUCAACCCUUACUGAUGCUCAUUUAGACCAAUGCCUGCCAACUGGAAAUUCUACUUAUAUAUUCCACAUUACAACGAGCUGGCCUCAAAUUUACAGUGCCAAAUAUCUCACUAGGUGA